ACAUACGGAGUAGCAGAAGAAGACGCGGUAAAGAUGGCGCUCUUGCGGAGCUAGCUUCCAGUGAUCGUCACUUUUUGGUUUUCCUGCUGAAGGGACGCUGUUCUUGUCCUGACGAUGGCUUUCCGCUACCUGCGGCUGGCCGCCGGCAGCAGGCGGAUCCUCCGGAACCUGCCGGUGUCCACCGCCGGAGCCACACUGGCCAUGACUUCAUCCAGCACCUCAGCAGCUUUGAUUGAGAAGAGUCGGAGUCUGCUGACUGAUCUGCUCGGAGCUUACAGGUGCCUGAGUUCCAGACCCCCAAAAGGAUUUGAGAAAUACUUCCCAGAAAAUGAGAAAAAUUCAAAAAGCAAGAAAACUGAAGCGGAACCUAAAGAUGGAAAACCUGCCAACACUCCGAAACAGUCAGGAGGAGGAGGAGGGGGAGGAGGAGGGAAACAAGGAGGCCGCAAGGAGGAGUCUCACUGGUACAGCCGCCUGCUGAAGGGUGACGUUCCCUGGGAUGAUAAGGAGUUCCGUAUGAUCAUACUCUGUUGUACAAUGUUUUGGGGUGCCAUUGGCUACUACACGUUCGUGCGAGACGCCGGCAGAGAGGUCACUUGGAAGGACUUUGUCAACAGCUAUCUGUCCAAAGGAGUGGCGGACCGUUUGGAGGUCAUCAACAAGCGCUACGUCAAAGUGGUUUUCUCUCCUGGGAAGUCUCCGGUGGAUGGGCAGUACGUGUGGUUCAACAUUGGCAGCGUGGACACGUUUGAGAGGAAUCUGGAGGCGGCUCAGACCGAGCUGGGCAUCGAGAGCGAGGACAGGCUCCCUGUGGUUUACGCCACCGAGCGCGAUGGAAGUUUCCUGCUGAGCAUGCUCCCAACGCUGCUCAUCAUGGGCUUCCUGCUCUUCAUGCUGCGUCGUGGAGUCACGGGCUCCGGGCGUCCUGGCCGUGGGAUGGGCGGGCUGUUCAGCGUUGGUGAGACAACGGCAAAGAUCCUGAAAGAUGAAAUUGAUGUGAAGUUCAAAGACGUGGCUGGCUGUGAGGAGGCCAAGCUGGAGAUCAUGGAGUUUGUCAACUUCCUAAAGAACCCCAAACAGUACCAGGAUCUGGGUGCCAAGAUCCCCAAGGGGGCCAUUUUAACAGGUCCUCCAGGAACAGGAAAGACUCUGCUGGCCAAAGCAACAGCUGGUGAAGCCAAUGUCCCAUUUAUUACGGUCAAUGGCUCAGAGUUUCUGGAGAUGUUUGUGGGCGUCGGCCCUGCCAGGGUCAGAGACCUGUUUGUCAUGGCGAGAAAAAACGCACCCUGCAUCCUCUUCAUUGAUGAGAUCGAUGCUGUGGGGCGCAAACGAGGGCGAGGAAACUUUGGGGCGCAGAGCGAGCAAGAAAACACACUGAACCAGCUGCUGGUGGAGAUGGAUGGGUUCAACACAGCCAGCAACGUGGUGGUUCUGGCAGGAACCAACAGACCGGACAUCCUGGACCCGGCACUAAUGAGGCCCGGACGGUUCGACAGACAGAUUUAUAUUGGUCCGCCAGACAUCAAAGGACGAGCGUCCAUUUUCAGAGUUCACCUCCGACCUCUGAAGCUGGAAGUAGACAUGGACAAAGACGCUCUCGCCAAGAAGAUGGCUGCUCUCACACCGGGCUUUUCCGGUGCUGACAUUGCUAAUGUUUGUAAUGAGGCGGCACUGAUCGCUGCUCGCCACCUGUCUGAUGCCAUCAACCAGCAACACUUUGAACAGGCCAUUGAGCGAGUCAUCGGCGGUCUGGAGAAGAAGACUCAGGUCCUCCAGCCAGAGGAGAAGAAAACUGUGGCAUACCACGAGGCCGGCCAUGCCGUUGCUGGAUGGUUCCUGGAACAUGCCGACCCACUGCUGAAGGUGUCCAUCAUUCCCCGAGGGAAAGGCCUGGGAUACGCACAGUACCUGCCCAAAGAGCAGUACCUGUACACAAAGGAGCAGCUGCUGGACCGCAUGUGCAUGAUGCUGGGAGGCCGUGUGUCUGAAGAAAUCUUCUUUGGCAGGAUAACCACCGGAGCGCAGGACGACCUACGCAAGGUCACCCAGAGCGCCUACGCACAGAUUGUGCAGUUUGGGAUGAACGAGAAGGUGGGUCAGGUGUCCUUUGACCUGCCUCGGCAGGGUGACAUGGUUCUGGAGAAACCGUACAGCGAAGCCACGGCUCGUCUCAUUGACGCUGAGGUCCGGAGCCUGAUUGGCGAGGCGUAUCGGCGGACUCUGCAGCUGCUGAGUGACAAGAAGCCUGAUGUGGAGAAGGUGGCGCUGCGGCUGCUGGAGAAGGAGGUCCUGGACAAGGGUGACAUGGUGGAGCUGCUGGGAAAGCGUCCGUUUGCAGAGAGGUCAACGUAUGAGGACUUUGUGGAGGGAACAGGAGGUGCGGACGAGGACACCACGUUGCCUGAAGGACUGAAGGACUGGAACCAAGAGAGGAAGGACAAGGAGGAGAGUCAGGAUGAGCAGGUGGCCCGCCAGAUCUCUGGAGGAAUGCCCUUCUAGAACCUUUUGAAUCUGACCUGAGUCACCUGGUCAUCUGAGAUCUAAAAGCCUCUGACUGACUUCAAGAGUGAAGUUCCAGGAACUCUGUGCCUGUUUCUGGAACCUUCUGCAGAUCUGAGUUCUGGAACCUUCCUGAGUGCUGAGCGCUCACAGGAAAGUUCCACAACUGUGUACUUGCUCCCACACGGCCUCCUCAAGAUGGUUUCCAGCAGUAGGCUUCACCUAUUUUUGAGGAACAGUUUCAUCCUUUUCAGGAAGUUCACUGAACAUGAUUUUUAGUUUUGAAAUGAGAGCAGGAACGGAGCAGAACCUCCAUGUUGUCCCAAAAACAUCACAUUAAAGAAACACUUUACAGUCAAAUUAAAACAUUUUCACUUUGAAAAGGUCUUGAAUAAAAUAUUGGACAGUUC